AAAGCCAAGCUCCGCAUCCCGCUUCGCAUCCUUGGAUGUAGUCGCCUGCUCUGGACGUUGUCUCCCUUCGCAUUCUUGUUCCUGCACAGACUCAGGCAAGGCGACAAUGUGUUGUGCCAAGGUAUCCGGGAGGAGGCCCACUGCUCGCGUUACAGCCUAGAUUCCACCCAGCCUCUCAGCUGUGGACACAGAGCAGCCCAGGUGGUUGGUUUUAACCCACAGGUGACGGGAGGCAGGAAAUGACAGAAAGCUCGUUGGCACCGCCCACCCCGGAAGCAGAGCUGCUCUGAUUGGACUUUGCUGGGCCCGGCUGGCCAAUGGUGAGGCGGUGGCAAGUUCCCGGAAGUAGCGGCGCCGGCGGAGGCUGGGGCUUACGCGGCUCACUCGCUAGGCGAUUAGUCCGCCAAGGUUGACCGACGCUAUGAGCUGCUUCGAGGGUCAGAUGGCAGAGUAUCCAACCAUCUCCAUAGACCGCUUCGACAGGGAGAACCUGAGGGCCCGUGCCUACUUCCUGUCCCACUGCCACAAAGAUCAUAUGAAAGGAUUAAGAGCCCCUAGCUUGAAAAGAAGGUUGGAAUGCAGCUUGAAGGUUUGCUUAUACUGUUCACCUGUUACUAAAGAGUUGUUGUUAACAAGCCCGAAGUACAGGUUUUGGGAGAAACGAAUUGUAUCAAUUGAAAUUGAAACUCCUACCCAGAUAUCUUUAGUCGAUGAAGCAUCAGGCGAGAAGGAAGAGAUUGUUGUGACUCUUUUACCUGCUGGUCAUUGCCCAGGAUCAGUUAUGUUUUUAUUUCAGGGCAACAAUGGAACUGUCUUGUACACAGGAGACUUCAGAUUGGCUAAAGGAGAAGCUGCCAGAAUGGAGCUUCUGCACUCUGGGGGCAGAGUGAAAGACAUCCAGAGUGUGUACUUAGACACAACUUUCUGCGACCCAAAAUACUAUCAAAUUCCUAGUCGGGAGGAGUGUCUGCGUGGAAUCAUGGAGCUGGUCCGAAGCUGGAUCUCACGGAGCCGCUACCACGUGGUGUGGCUGAACUGCAAGGCUGCCUAUGGUUACGAGUAUCUCUUCACCAACCUCAGCGAGGAGUUUGGACUCCAGGUGGAUUCUUCACCACUGAGCCAGCGGGGAAGCCCUGAGCACAGCCUUUGUCAUCUUUAUUUGCUUCCUCUUGGGAGAAUGGACAGUGGGAAGAGCCCUUUGGUUCAUGUGGAUAAACUAGACAUGUUUCGAAACAUGCCUGACAUUCUCCAUCAUCUGACAACAGACCGUGACACUCAGAUCCACGCGUGUCGACAUCCAAAGGCAGAGGAAUAUUUUCAGUGGAAUAAGUUACCAUGUGGCAUUACUUCCAAAAAUAGAAUUCCACUCCACACAAUCAGCAUUAAGCCAUCUACCAUGUGGUUUGGAGAAAGAACCAGAAAAACCAACAUCAUUAUGAGGACUGGAGAGAGUUCCUACAGAGCCUGCUUUUCUUUUCAUUCCUCCUACAGUGAGAUUAAAGAUUUCUUGAGCUACAUCUGUCCCGUGAAUGUCUAUCCAAAUGUCAUCCCGUUGGGCACAACUAUGGAUAAAGUUAAAGAAAUCUUAAAGCCUUUAUGCCGAUCUUCCCAAAGGACUGAGCCCAAGUACAAACCACUUGGAAAACUGAAGAGAGCUAGAACAAUCCACCUAGACCCAGAGGAGGAAGACGACGAUGGUCUCUUUGAUGAUCUUCUGCUGGCACCUUUAAGGCACAAGGUUCCAAACCAGCAGACUCUUCACCCUGAGGUAUUUCCCACGCCUGCUAUAUCACAAAACCAGCCUGAGAAAAGGAGAGAAAGCACAGGGUGCUUCAAAGCAGAGAGUAUGCCAACGUUCCUUUGGGCAAACUUUAUAGAUUGUGAGGAAUCCAACAGUGAAAGUGAAGAAUCAGAAGUUCUAGGAUCAGCUCAAGGAGACACGGGUCCUGUCUUCCAGCCCCAGCAGAGGGCUGAUGGGGAAGUACCGCAGUGGGAAGUGUUCUUUAAAAGAGAUGCCGAAGGCACAGACGACUGUUUGGAAAACCUCCCAUCUUCCACAGAGGCGGGGAGCUCCCAGUCCCCAAAGCUUUUCAGCGAUUCUGAUGGGGAAUCAACGCACAUUUCUUCCCAGGCCUCCUCUCAGUCAACACACAUAUCAGAACAAGGAAGUCAAGGCUGGGACAGCCAAUCGGACACUGUUUUGUUAUCUUCCCAGGACAGAAACAGUGGGGAUGUUAGCUCCUUGAACAAAGGGGUCUAUAGGCCAGGAAUCAAAGAGAAUAUUCCUGCCCCUCAGCCAGCACAAGAUGUGCUUUGCCUAAAGGCCACUUACUCGGAUUCCAAAAGCGGAGAUCAAGACGUAAAUAUGCUUCCUAGUGCUGGAGAAACCACCACUCUAAGUGGUAGCAAACAGAUGCUUCAGGAGAAAAGGCCAUUGACUCUUAGCAGCAGUGCAGAUUCACAAAGCUCCUCUGAUUUUGAAAUUCCCUGCACUCCAGAAGCUGAGCUUCCUAAACAAGAACAUUUACAGUAUUUAUAUGAGAAGUUGGCAACAGGGGAGAGUAUAGUCGUUGAAAAAAGAAAAGGCUUACUUCAUUCUAGAGCAACCACUAAAAAAUCUAUACUAACAGAUACCAGUCAAAAUCAUAAUAGGUAAAAAUGGAAUACUUAGAAAUGAUCCUAUUACCUAAAAGGUGGCAGUAAAGAGGAAAUGGAUGACCGAAAAAGCAGCACCCCAUGCUUCCCUGUCUUUCACUACCUCCCAGAGUUUGCUCAAACUCAUGUCCAAAACAUAUCAAUAAUUACAUGGGAAUAGGGGAAAAAAGUAAACCAACUAUAUACUACCUAUAGGAAACUGACUUCAAAAGACUUGGGUAGGUGUACCAGUGAAAGAAUGGGAAACUUUACCCUGUAAACAUUACAUAAAGAUGCAGUGUCUAUAUUCUAAUGUUAAAAGGUCCAGUUCACUGAGACAGAAUCGAAUCCUAAAUGAGUAAGUACCUAACAACAUUUAAAUACACAAAGCGAAAACAACUGAAAGAAGACAAACUAAUGCACGAUUACAACUAUAACAGAAUAAGUUUAGAAAAAUAAGGAUAUGGAAGAACAGAAUGGCACCCUCAACCAACUGGAUUUAACUGAUAAAAGUACACUUCACGGCAGAAUACAAGCUUUUCAAGUUCACACAGGACGAUGUUCACUGAUGGAUCAUAUCCUAGGUCAUAAACACACUUCAAACUUAAAUAAGCUUGAAUCUAUUAUUAUAAAUUGAUGGCUACAGAAGAAAGUCAGCCCUUUACCUACCUCAGGUGUUCCAUCAUCUUUAAGAAUAUUGGGGGAAGACAGUGGUAAAAUUAAAACCUAAAGAAAAUACUUAAAAGGCAUUCAACCUCUUUAAAAUCCACCAGUAGGUUAUGUAUGUGCAUUUAAUAUACUCAUUCACAGAUAUUCAUAAACACUUUGGUUUGCUGAUAUUUCAUAUUAAGAAAGCAAAAGCAGAGCUUUGACUUAAGUGGAGUCUUUAAAAAUCAAUUUGCAGAUCAGUGAAACUGAAAUGCAUUAUCACCAUGCUGCAUUGUAGAUAAACCAAAAAUAAGUACUGAAUCCACAAGACUCAUUAAGGUUAUAGGACAGAAUCAGUGGGAGAGGAGAAUAAACUGGGUGUUCAGAGGAGCCAAUACCAAUGGACCUGGGAAGCCAGCCCUCUCACUUGUCCAGAAGGGAAUUUUCCAUUCCCAAGUGUUGGGAGAAGGAUAAAUCAGCCCAUGUCCAUUUACAUGGGAGGAAACCUGGACAGUGACUUUUAAGUUUCAGCUAAGAAACUGGCACCAGAGAGGGGUAACCCAACAUGAUAAGGCUCAGGGCUGAGGGUUGGGGGCCUGGCGCUACUCCUUUCUGUUCUUUGAGGAAUAUGUUGAAUCAUAAUUUACAGCAAGUGUCUCUGUCCUAAAUUACUCAACAAUUAGUUUGUUAAUACAUACACCAACAGAAACUGGGCUGAGCAUCAUCAUAUAGCUGCUGGCGAAGGAGCUGAAGAAUGCAGAGUUUUAAGGGGACACGGAACCUUUUUUCUAGUUCAGAUGCUACCCUGAGUUUUUGAUAAAAUACACUCUACAGACUCAGUGUGACUGGGGAAGAAUUAUAUAUUAUUCUAUUUUGCACAGCUCCCCUGUGAGUACCAUUACCUAAAUUCAACGUGAAUAUAAAGUCACUAGAGACUACCAGUGGCAACUACAAAAUGUUUAACUCUCAUAACUACAACCGGCCUAUUACAGGAACCCAGAGACUUCCUUUUUAAUUUUUAGCUCUAAAAAUUAAUUAUACUUCAUUAUCAUAAGUCACAUAAUCAAAUGUAACUACUGUAUACAUUUGUACAUACUCACUGACCAUAAAGACUUCAUCUUAACAGCUUAUGAUCCAAGGUGGGUGUUCAAAACAUGCCUGUAAACAUUCUUCUGAAUAUACUUGUAGUAUUUUAUGAUCACCAUCAAUUUAAUAUUCCAUAUGGCCAUAUUUUUAUUGUUUUAUAUGUCAUUCUAGCAUAAUAAAUGCUGGCUGAAUGUA